GCAGGCCUUUUAUCGUCAGAGUUUGUUGUGAAAGUCGCUGUACAAAAAGAUCCUGCACGGAAAUUUUUGUAAUGGGAAACCUGUUUCGCAAGCAAUCACCACUUCCAAAUUAUGAGAAACCAUAUGUAAAAAGUGUGAGUAGAGGUAAAGACAUUAAUGACGUAACAAUUGAACAAAGGACAUACACGCGUAGUAUCAACCAAAGUAUUAACUGGAAUGCUGCAACAAACAAUGCCAACACUGCCAUUUUUAACAAGCUUGUAAACCAGAACUUAGUUGCAAGAAAGGGUGUGGAGAACAAAGACUCUACUGAGAGAAAUUUAUUUACAAAUUUCAAAGACCCAACACCUUUAACGUUAUCAAAACAAAGUGAUAGUGUACUUAAUUCAACAAAGUUUUCAAAAAGGGUAACAGAAACAAACAAGCCAAAUGUUAGUACGUGGUCAUCUUCACGCCAACAAGCUAAUUCCUAUUCUGAUAUUGUGCAGACUGACGCACUUUUCACGAGUUUAGCAAUCCCUCAGUCAGGGGUUUAUGUAAAAGACAUAAAGUUGAACGGAAAAGAAAAUGAGCCAAUGAAAACGCAAUCAAACAAUGUAUCAAACGCAACGAAGAAAGCUUCUAUCGAAAAUCUCAAAAUUACGCCAAAUCUCAGAACUUAUAAUUGUAAUCGCAUCGGAUAUUCGCCCCCAACGCUUCUUAGUAAAAGCGGACUUAUUGCAAAAAUAACAACGGAAGAAAACACAAAAGUCAAUCAACACCAUAUCAAACAACAUGGACCUUCCACUCUAAAGCAUCGUGAAACAAUUGCAAAACGUCCGCAAGCUACCUAUCUUCCAUUACCAUCAGCGAAGUUACGUGAUCAGGAAAUAACCAUACCUGAGAAAUACGACAUAGAUUUUGAUUAUUUUGGAUAUGAGGACGACACAAAAUAUGAUUUGUAUUGCCACUUAACUAAUGAACUUGAAGAAUAUGAUGAAAACAUGUGCAAACUUGUAAAAAACCCAUUAAGUUUGCGUGUUCGUGAUUGUACUAUAGGUUCACUUAUAGGUUCGUCUCAUACUUGCGUGAAGUACAUUGAACGAGUUAUAGACAUGAAAAUUGAGGAUCACUAUUUUACAACGGACGAUGUUAAAAAAGAAGUAGUUAUAACACUUCCUGAAGAAUGCACGUUAAGCAAAGCCAAAAAAAUCAAAGAAAUGUAUACAAAUUUACUUAAAGCCCGAUUUUAUCGACAGAAAGCACGUUUUUACAAUGAUAGGAGAACUCACUAUUUGGAAACUGCAUUGAAUAUUGAGUUGGAAUGUGGUAAAUAUUCAGAUGAUGAACGUUGCUGUAAUAGGAUUAAAUUUGCGUACGGCGACAAGUCUAAUGAGUGUAACGAGCUGGCAGCAAAGAAUUUUUUUAUGUUCUGCAAUGAAGGAAGAGAGAUUGGUCAAAUAGACUUGCAUUACCUACUAACAGGGGAUGAAAGCGAAAAAGCGAGAAAAAAGAGGUUGGAAAGAAACCGAAAGUAUAAAAAAUAUUUUACUGCAUGGAAAGGACAAGGGGAAGCUGAAUCACGACUGCGAGAGAGGUUAAUGACGUUGCAAAAGAUGUCGGAAACAGCAAGACCAAACACAUUGGAAAUCAUUGUUGGUGCCGGAAACAACUCGGAAGGUCGUCAGCAAAAAUUAAGACCUGUUAUAGAAAAAUAUUUAAAAUCAAGAGGAAAAUCAUUUAUAGCAGUAAAUAAAGGCUCACUUUUGAUUGUAAUAAAACAGUACGACGGCCCGCAACCAUGUUCUGCUUUUUAUUACUGCGUAAAAUGUAAUAGGUCAUGGAACUCAGAAAUAAGUUGGGUGGAUAGUUAUCAACUUUGUUACAAAUGUGAGUCUAAAUGCCAUUCUUUCAAACAUCAAAGAAAGAGUGACACGCCUCACACGAGAAGAAACAACGAAUAUGAUUUAUACAGAAAGCACACAGAAGUAUGCGGCAAGUGUUUAAAUUUGGGAAGAGAUUGUAGAAUAAAUGGAGAUUGAUUGGAAUCGCAUUGCCAUCGUUUUAGAAAUAUUCUAUGGUCACACACGCAUGCACAUGUACAAAAACAAUAGAUUUGAUGAAUGGGUUAUGAUUAACAAAAUUUGAAAAAACUAAUUUUAUAUUGUGAUAUUUAGACAGUUAGCUGCACCAAUUUUAUUCCCCCGGUCGGCAAAUGUCACUAACACUUUACACCAAUUACAGGCCCGUAUUUUAUAGGGUAACCAUUAUGAGUUGAGGGAAAACACGCCGUUUACGCAGUCACUUCUUCAUUAGGGCUGAAUUUUUUGUAGAAUCUUUGUUUUCUAACUUUAAACCUGACAUAUUGCGUAGUUUAAGGUGAGUUUUUUAUAGUUUAGCUUUACUUUAAUUCAGAUAUUUGUAGUUCUUGUUUAAUAUCGUAACUUCUUCUGUGACCGUGAAAUGUCUGUGUUUUCCCUUCACCAACAGUUAUACCCCGCGGCGUUCUGACUGGGAGAAUAGGCAAGACACCUUCUCUUCUAGUUCGGGAACUGCAACUGGCUUAGAGUAUUAUUUUUUUUAAUUUCAAUAGUUGUAGCAGAGUCGCUUGUAGUCAUUUUUGGAUAUCUAAAAAUUCAACGAGAACAAACAUAAGCUACACUCCGGUUAGUUUUUAUGAGAAAAACUAACGCUUGUUGUAUGAAAAAAACUAGAAAGAAAGAAGUUUUUUAAUAAGAGAAGGAUUCUCAAGGGGUUCUUGCAUUUAAAAUGGUAUUUUUGUAUGUUAUAAAUAAGAAAAAGUUGUUUAUCAAGUUUUUGAAUUUUAUUUUAUAUAAAACCUAUUUUUGUUCUAAGUAUUU